UUUUUUUUUUAAAAAAAAAGCAGUUACUGUUUUAUUCGUACAUUAUUCUGUCACUAAAAGAAAUGACCGAUCUACACAAACAAUAUGAAACUAUGCUGGAAGUUAUACGUUCAGACAGAACGCUUGUUUUUCCUCCCCCAGUUAAGGAACCUGAUAAGUUGACCGAACGUUUAAACAAGAUAGAUCUCAGAGAUCAUCCUGUUAACGGACGUAAACUUUUAAAAUAUUUCGUCUCAUUAUAUGGUAAAGACUUAACUAAACAAACAAUCGCAAGUGUAGUCGAACAUUUGUGGGUGAAUGCAUCUCCACAAGAAAAGACUGAAUACGUUCUUUUGGCUUCCUCAGUGAACAGUAUUAACAUAAAGACGUCUGAAGCAGAUUUAACGACAGCUAAAGCAGAUUCACCAGUCAAGAGUUUUGUAGACAUUGGAUAUUUCAAUUUAAACGAUGUUAUUUCAUGGUGGGAAGAAGAAAAAGAAUUUUAUGAAGAGGACAGUUACGAUGAUAUUAUGUUAUCCUUCUUUAGGGAGAAAUUUGGUAAUGUGAAGGACUUUAUGGACAUUGUCGAUGAUAAAUACUUCUCAAAACAAACAAAGAUUGCAUUAUUGGAUUUUUACAAUAAUUUUUUGCCAAUUUUUUAUGAUUAUACGCCUUGGGAAUGGUUUUCCUGGUAUAUUCGUAUGGAAUGUAAGUCCACAAGUACACCAGCACCAUGUCCUUUCAAUUCGGUCAAGACUAAGUUGCCAAAAAAUCUUCAACAUUUUUAUUACCAAGGAACUAUCUCUAAACAAAUUAAAGAUGAAGAGUUGAAACAACUUAGGGAAUUUAUUAAUUUGAUUAUGGAGAUUAAACACCCAGGGCAAGAUGAUUCAAAUAUUUGGUACCAUGGAACGACUAGUGUUGCUGCAUCCAACAUCGCCCGAAGAAUUGAUCUUACUGUAUGCAGUCAUUUUAACCAUGCUUUCGGCUUUCAUCGCAGUUUCUAUAUUGGUGAUAAUCUUAAAUUUUGUCUUAUUUGGGCAUUGAAAAAAGCGAUGACUUUAAGAACUGUUAACUGCGCACUGGUAGUUUUUUGUAUAAAUGAAGGGGAGUUACACUUAAUUCAGGAUUAUUUGAAGCUAAUAUCUAAUGAAGACUCGCAAGGUCAUGUUAAUACUGGUAAUAUUUGGGAAGAAAUUGUCCCAGCUUCCAAAGAUUCAGACGAGAAUAGCAACCUGGAUGACGAUCCAAUACGACCAAAUGUGCAAUGGGUUGAAGGGCCAAGUCUGAAACAAAUUGAAAAUAGUUGGGUGCCAAAAAAGGAGGAGAUCAUUCGUUCCUUCAGGACUGAUAAAAGCACAAAAUUUCUUCAAAGUCAACUGGCCUUUAUUAUUACCUUUAAAAAUCCGAUGACGAAAGGGUACGAUUCUCAAUUUUCUUUGAAAAAUCUGGAAGAUUUUAGACAAUUUCCAUACGUACAUGUGAUCCUAUUUAUGAAGAGAUUCAUGGCAAUAUGUUUAAUCCAAUGUGAGAUUUCUGGAUGUCGGAGAGCUAAAGAAUUUUAAAUAAUGUUCUUGACAUACGUGCUAAUUAAUAUCACGAUUAGCAUGAAGUGUAUAUGGACCAUUUCAAGAUUUUUAACAACAUUACGAAAUCGGAUUAACUCAGUGUUGGUCCCAGUUAUUUUUGAUUGGACUUGGACUAUAAGUUCAGUCACUAAACGAGUAAAGAAUUCCUCGUCCACCAAAUUCAUUUAUUUUGUACCGUAAGGCAAAACAAAAA